CUCUCUCUGUACUUCCUAGUGUUGUCGACACACACGUGGCGCGUACGUCGACGCCCCCACGCCCCCCUCCCCCCUCCCCCCCCCGCGCUUCUCUGCUCAUGGCUACCACCAUGGCUCGACCACCCUUCCACGACCAGAAGACCGGGGUUCGAUAUGACUGCAACAACCCGGACCACGCCGGUUGGUUACGGAAGGAGAGCGUCUGGCUCAAGGACUGGCGACCUAGAUUCUUCGUGCUCAAGGGGAGCAACCUCUUCUUCGCCAAGUCGGAGUACGAGACGCCGCACGGGAGAAUCGACCUGAGCUCGUGCAUGACGGUCAAGUCGGCGGAGCAGAAGACCAGCAAGCGAAACGCCCUCGAGGUUUCCACCCACGAAACAACGUACUUCAUGUACGCCAACACCGAGAAGGAGAAGGACGAUUGGAUAGGGGCCAUCGGCAGGGCAAUAGUUCAGGCGUCGAGCACGUACCAGGGCGACAACAACAACGGCGAUUCCGAUUCCGACGACGAGUACGACUACCGCUGACGGUGCUCUCAGCUCUCGUAUACCGUGCGGGGGGAGACAAGGAGAGAGCCCGGGGGCGGGGGAGGGGUUUCAACAGAGGCGACGAUGCCAUAAAAAGAGACGUCGGGACCCACUGCUGUAUUCAGGCCGCGGCAGAGGGAAUGAAACGGGCGGGGCGAGAGGAGCACGGGGGACUGCGAAGCUUAAUGAGGGCGUAAAAGGACGAAGAAGGCGGCGGCAGACGCGGCGCGAUGAUGUGACUCUCCGUCGUACCCGGCUCGUGGCCUGCCGUCACCAAGCAAUAGCUAGUGGAUGAGCAGCAACGUCGUGAGGGGAACCAUCAAGGAUGUAUAGUAUAGACCCGGGCCGUGUUCUGUUUUUGCCCAGAACACGCGCUUGGUACACGCAGCUACCAGGGGCGGUCGGUACAGGGCACCUGGGGGGCUGGAGGCACAAGCACCAGAUAUCACAUCGCCUGGACCGAUUGUCAGAGCUCGAUUACUCCACGACGAAAAAAGGACAAAACAAACCAGACGGUACGUUUUCGGGUGGUGGUGCUCGACACGAAUUGGCACACACGUAGCGUCGUAAGUAACGCGUGCGCUGCCGUAGGUACGACGAUUGGUUGCUUCUUGUGAAAGGACAACUCGUAGGCCAUGCCCUGCGGCAUGGAUUUUUGCAGAGAGAGAGAGAGAGAGAGAGAGUAGGUGUAAUGUGUGGACGUCGCUUUUUGUUCCACAUCCCGUAGAGCAGGCACUCGCUUGCAUCCUUGGCAAGCAGAAUGAUGGGACGGGAUGCGAAGACAUGUAUAUUCAGUUAAAAGAGAGGAGUGCUCGGGAUGGCGAGGGGCGAACGCGGGUCUCGCGUUCGGUAAGUAAGGCGGGGCUUGCAGGAUAGUUGGGGUCAGCAGCGUCCGGGGGAUGGAUGGUGCCGGAGACUGGGGCGCGUUGGUUGUAUGUGUGUGGUAGGUGUUUUGGGAAUCGCUAGAAGUUCGUCUGGCCGUGAAGGGAUGGAGAUUGUGGCUGCGGGAUGUGGGGAGUGAAAGGCCCAUCUGUGUGUCGUGUUGUUGAGUUUUCAACCUGUGACACACCCAGACCAAGUGCUUUGUCUGACCAUCCGUGUAACGACAGGCAGCAGAGUGUCACGGUUCGAAAGGGUUCUUAGCCCCUUCCCAUCUGGCGAGAGUGUUCUGGACAUGUGUUUAUAUGUUUCAAGAGACAGCGGUUGAUCUACACUCGCCAGUUCGGUAUGAUGAGUUGUGGCCGUUUUGUUGGCUUUUUUCCCCCUGUGUAGCGGCGGUCUCUCGUUCUUGAUUUUCCGUUCCGGAAGUGAGGUCAUAGAUCGUAGAAGGGGACAGCAGCAGUAUCUAAACGCGAUAUGAGGGUGAAACGUCAAGAACCCUGAAACGUCGGGGGGAUGGGGCAUUUUCAACUCGUACCCUUUUCCCGGGCAUGACAUUGAAACUUUUGCAUUGCUCUAGCAAACAAGGCCUGCCUGUGAAUGUCAGCGCGUG